AUGAUGAAGAAUGGGGUGGUAGUGGUGCGAUUUGCAACAGAGAUAGGGAAGCAAGAGGUGCUACAAGGUGGAAUCUACCAUUUUGACAAUAAGCCAUUCAUUGUUAAAGAAUGGACACCGGAAUUAGAGUUCACAAGGGAGGAACUACAAAUUGUGCCUAUUUGGAUUAAAUUGACAGGUUUAGAUUUCAAAUACUGGAGCAUGAAAGGGUUGAGUAAGAUUGGUAGCUUGGUAGGGAGAUCCUUAAUGGUAGAUCAUAAUACUGAAGAGAGAAAUGGAUUAAACUUUGCCCGACUACUUGUUGAGGUUGAGCUGGGAGCACAACUACCAGAUGAGGUGAGAUUCAAGAAUGAGAAAGGGAGGCUGAUUGAACAGCCAGUACAAUAUGAUUGGAAGCCUUCACUCUGUAAGUUUUGUACUAAAUAUGGACAUAUAGAGGAGGAAUGCAGAUUGAAAAAGAAAAUACCAAGACCUGGUCAGAUAAAAAAGGUAGAUGGGGUGAUGAAAGGUUUAAACAAGCAGAAACAACCAAAAGUGGGGGAUAUACAGCCAAGGCAGAUGGGGGUAGUGAUACAACAACAAUCUGAGGAUAAAGAGGGAUCUAACAAAAGAGAGGGAUGGCAAACACCAGUUAGAAUGGGAAAGACUCCAGGACAAAAUUCUCCAAUCGUGAGUGCAAACUCUUUCCAAAUAUUGCAGAAGAGGAAUGAAUAUGAAGGCAAUAAAGGAUGGCAGUACAUCACCAAUUUGGAAUACCAUUAUAAUGGAAGGAUAUGGAUAACUUGGAGGCCUGACUACUAUCAAGUUAAACCAAUAAGCAAGAAUGCUCAACAAGUAACUUGUGAGAAUAGGAGGGAACCUGUUACUUGGUCAGAAAUAGUAGAUUUUAAUGAUUGUGUGACAACUUCUGGUUUGCUAGAAUUUCCUACUCAGGGGAAUAGGUAUACAUGGAAUGAUAAACAUGAUGGACAUAGGAUCUUCUCAAACAUAGACUGGAUUUUCAUGAAUAAUGAAUGGCUGGAUAAAAUGCCUUCUUGUAGAGCAUUGUUUUUGCCAGAAGGUAUAAGUGACCACUGCCCUGCUAGAGUGACACUCAGUGAAAUUUGUAAGACUAGGAAAGCAUUUCAGUUUUGUAAUGUAUGGACAAAACAUCCACAAUUCCAAGCUACUGUACAAGAAGGAUGGAAUGAAGGCAUUGAAGGGUGUAUGAUGUUUCAGGUUGUGAGAAGACUCAAGCUGUUAAAAAAGAAGUUGAGGAAGUUACACUCACAAGCAUUCCGGGACAUAGUAAGUGAAGCAAAAGAGGACAGGGAAGCACUUAAGCUAGCACAAAAACUGUUACAAACUUGUCCAAACAAUACAGAAUUCCAGCAAGGAGAAAACAUGGCCUAUCAGAAGUUUAGGAAGUCUUCCUAUUUGGCUGAAGUAUUUCUACAACAAAUAAGUAAAGCAACAUGGAUAAGGCUAGGAGAUGAUAAUACAAGGUAUUUUUAUUCAGUCAUAAAGUAUAGGAAGCUGAAGCAAGUCACCAAUCAAUUGAAGAACACUGAAGGGGUUUGGCAAACUGACCCUGCAGUAAUUGCUAAACUGUUUGUGGAGUAUUAUGAGGAUAUCUUAGGAACUGAGGUGAAAAAGGCUAUAUUCCAGAUUGAUAGUAAUAAGUACCCUGGGCUAGAUGGUUUUGGGAGUGGAUUCUAUAAAGCAGCACGGUCUAUUGUAGGACAGGAUGUCACCAUUGCAAUGUUGGAUUUUUUUAGGAACGACAAAUUAUUGAGACAAAUUAACUCCACAAGUAUUGCUUUUAUUCCAAAGAUUGAUGUACCAGAAUUUGCUAGUCAAUUCAGGCCAAUAUCUUGCUGUAAUGUGAUCUACAAGUGUAUUUCCAAACUAAUCUGCAGUAGAUUAAAAAUUGCAAUUAGUUAUAUAGUGGCAGAAAACCAAUCAGCUUUUGUACAGGGUCGAUCAAUGAUGCAUAAUGUGUUGAUAUGUCAUGAUAUCUUGAGACAUUACAAUAGAAAGAAUGUAUCUCCUAGAUGUCUUAUGAAAAUAGAUCUAAGGAAAUCUUAUGAUAUGGUAAGUUGGGAUUUUCUUGAAGAGGUGUUAGCUGGAUUUGGAUUUCCUGAUAAGUUCAUCAAAUGGAUCAUGACAUGUGUAUCCACUACCAUGUUCUCAGUGAAAGUUAAUGGGGAAAAUCAUGGUUACUUUGAGGGGAGGAGAGGUUUGAGGCAGGGAGACCCUAUGUCCCCUUUGCUAUUUGUCUUAGUGAUGGAAUACAUAUCUAGAACAUUACAGAACAUGAGUAUGUUACCAGAUUUUAGGUAUCAUCCCAUGUGUAAGAAAGUGAAGCUCACUCACCUGAUUUUUGCUGAUGAUUUAAUGAUCUUUUGUAAAGGAAAUUUGAACUUAGUGAAUAGAGUAAUUGAGGCCUUAACUCAUUUUAGUGUUGCCACUGGAUUGGAGGCAAACCUGGAGAAGUCAAGUGUAUUCCUAGCUGGGGUGGAUGAAGAUACACAAAAUCAGAUUCUAGCAAGAACUGGUUUUUCAGUUGGUUGA